CCCUUUUUGUGGACUCUUGUAUUUUGUUCUCAAGACUUGUCUCGAGAAAUAUAUUCCUUUUCCUUUUAAUUUUCGUGGCUUGUCUUUUGGGCUUGAUCCUGUCUUAAUCAAAGUCUUUAGAGUCAUUAGGGCAAAGAGGGGACUCCAGGGAAAUUCGUUGCCAACACAAAGAUAAGUGUGCUUGUUAAGAAAUUUUUUUCCUAUACUGUCAUGUGGGAAAACUCUUAUUUUUUUGUUGGUGAAGCACGUGGGAAAACUUUGCCGCUCUGUGAAUAGUUGGAUACAGGUUACCAAGAAAAAAAAAAAAAAAAAAAAAAGUUGGAUACCAUUUCUUAUAGAUUUGUGGCGCUAAAUAUUUCCAAUCAAAAUGCGCAGGAUAAUCAGAGACGAUUAAGCCAUUUCCUUAACGGGUAACAACUGGCCAUGGCUGCUCUCUUCAAUUGCAACCCCGAACUCGUUUUCCCCAACCGAUCCUUUCAAUCUUACUAUUCAUCCUUGAAAUUUCCCAUAUCCGCCGACCUUUCAUUCUUAUAUUCUAAGAAGAAUUCGGUUUCGACGCUUCUGUGCUUUUGUAGAACUCAUGAGAAGUCCAGUGAAGGAGAUGAGACGAACCAAUCAAGGAGACUCUCAGAGCAGUCUUCGUGGGAAGCAAAGGACUCAGAAGGGAGAGAUUAUCUUUACAGGCUGGGGAAAGAAGCGGAUAAUAUGAAUAUCGCAGUGGGAGCAAGGGUUGGCAUCAUUGAUGAUCUAUUCGUUGGGAAUUUUCUUGGGAGAGACUCGGAUAUUGUGUUUGAUUACAGGCAAAAGGUGACUAGAUCGUUUGAGUACCUUCAAGGCGAUUAUUACGUUGCCCCAAUUUUCAUGGACAAAGUUAUAUGUCACAUUGUGAAGAAUUAUAUUGCUCAUCUUCUCAACACCAAAGUUCCUUUAAUCCUAGGUAUUUGGGGAGGAAAAGGGCAAGGGAAAUCAUUUCAGACGGAACUUAUAUUUCAGGCCAUGGGAAUUGAGCCAGUCAUUAUGUCUGCUGGGGAACUUGAAUCAGAGCGAGCAGGUGAACCAGGAAAACUCAUACGUGAACGGUAUAGGACAGCUUCUCAAGUAGUCAAUAACCAAAGGAAAGUCAGUUGUUUGAUGAUCAAUGAUAUUGAUGCUGGGCUAGGAAGAUUUGGAAAUACUCAAAUGACCGUCAACAACCAAAUUGUUGUUGGGACUCUGAUGAAUUUGGCAGAUAAUCCUACAAGAGUUAGUAUUGGGCAGGACUGGAGAGAGUCAGAUGUGACACACAGAAUUCCUGUCAUCGUAACAGGGAAUGAUUUAUCUACCAAAAAUUUUAUUGGUCAGUGGAAAAUUUUGAUUUCUUCACUAUUCUUUCUCAUUUCACUGGAUGGUUCAUAUGACAAAUUACUCAGGCGACCAACCCAUGAAGAUAUUGUAAAUAUUGUCUACAGAAUGUACAAGAAGGAUGGGAUAUCUAGGGAUGAAGUUGUGAGCAUUGUAAACACAUUUCCCAAUCAAGCCUUGGAUUUUUAUGGAGCUCUUAGGUCAAGGACCUAUGAUCGAUCAAUUUCCGAGUGGAUAAAUGAUAUUGGUGGCUUUGAAAAUCUCGGAGAGAAACUUCUAAAGCGAAGAAAGGAUGACAAACUUCCGACAUUCAUUCCUCCAAAGCAAACUGUGGAGGCUUUACUUGACUCGGGAUAUUCUCUAGUCAAAGAACAGCAGCUCAUUAUGGAUACCAGGCUUUCAAAGGAGUACAUGAAGAACAUUGAUGAGUAGAGAUAUCCUUUCAUAAUUAAACUAUUAUCCCCUUUGUGGGCAUUUGUUGCUAUUACUGAUACAAAGUAAGUUCUGUUUUAGUUCCUAAUGCUAAGGGAAUAUCGAAGAAAAUAUUCUCGGAUAUGAUAGAUUCCUGUAAAAUAUAAAGUAGUCUCCUUUUUUCGAAUUUACUUUUUUUUUUGCUUGGUGAACUUGUGAGUGAUCUUGAGGGUGGGCCUCGGCACAAAAUGUAGCAGGAGCCUCGUGUACUGGGUUACAGCUUUUUUAAACUUUUGAUUGAUCUUAUUGGAUUCA